ACGAGGUUAGCCGAAAUCGUGGUCAACGCGUGAACUACGUCUAUCCUUUUCCGUAGGUUCUUUCUCCUGCCUCGUGUUCGCCUUGUUGGAAUAAUUAUUCUGUUUUUAUAAAAGCAAGCCGCCGAGAUGUUGAUUUCGAAGAAAAACCGACAUGCUAUAUACGAGAUGCUUUUCAAAGAGGGUGUUAUGGUCGCCAAAAAGGAUUACAACGAACAGAAACACCCCGAUCUGGAAAGUAUCCCUAAUUUGGAAGUCAUCAAAACUAUGCAGAGUUUGAAAUCAAGGGAGUAUGUUAAAGUUCAAUUUGCUUGGAGACAUUUCUACUGGUACUUGACCAAUGAAGGUAUUGCCUAUCUGAGGAACUAUUUGCACCUUCCUCCUGAGAUCGUACCUGCCACCCUAAAGAAACCGAGCAAGAGUGAAACCGCCAGGCCGAGGCCGACAGCAGCUAGGGCAGAUUCGUCUCGUGGUGAAGAGGACAGAUUCAGCUACAGAAGACCAGCCCAGCCUCUUCCCGACAAAAAGGCUGAAGUUGGUGCUGGCUCAAGUGAUCUUGUUUUUAAGGGAGGAUAUGGCCGAGGAAGGGGAGCUCCACCAUCUUAAGUUCUUUUAACACCAUUAUAUAUGUGAUUUUUAUAUAAAAUGUCCUCAUAUUAAAAAA